AUGAUCAUUCUGAGUUGGAAUUGCCGAGGUCUGGGCAGCUUGAGUGCAAUUUCUAAUCUGCGUAACAUUGCUCAACGUCAUAAUCCGGACUUAAUCUUCCUUUCAGAAACUCUUGCAAAUGCAAGGAAGAUGGAAACAGUUAGGGUCACGUUAAAGUUUGACUCUUGCUUGGCAGUAGAUGUUGAUGGAAGGAGUGGUGGUCUUGCGGUAUUGUGGCGGAAUAAUAUUAAGUGUAGAGUGUUGAAUUAUUCGCAGAACUUUGUGAACAUGAUGAUUGAGGAUGAUAUUCGAGGACAGUGGAGGUUGACUUGUUAUUAUGGUUUCCCGGAGCGAGGACGCAGGAAACUUGCUUGGGAUAUGUUGCGAGACCUUAGAGACAUGUCAGACAAUCCGUGGUGUAUUAUUGGGGAUUUUAAUGAUUUGUUAUCUCAAGAGGACAAGAGGGGCAUUCAUUUGCAUCUGAAUUGGCUGUGUAACGGGUUUCGUAAUGCUGUUGAAGAGUGUAAUCUCACUGAUAUCAGCAUUGAAGGGUAUCAAUUCACUUGGACUAAAAGUAGAGGUACUCCACAUAUGAUCGAAGAAAGACUCGAUCGGGCCAUGGCAACAACUCAGUGGCUGGAGUUGUUUCCGAAUGUGAGACUCCUUAACUUACCGGCUUCGCAUUCGGAUCAUAAUCCUAUCAUUCUUUAUACAGACCCCACAGAAAGACACUGCUACCGUUAUUCUUUCAAGUUUGAGAAUAAAUGGUUGUUGGAGGAAGAUAUUCGGGAAGUUGUCGAAGCGGGGUGGGGACCGAACAGAGGGAUGGAAAUAUCAGAUAGGUUAGGGGGUUGUGCGGAGGAGCUGAGAAAGUGGAGUAGGAGGAAGAGAAGUUGA